AUGGAGGUCCGCGCGGUGCUGUAUCAUCCUGAAGAUGUCGGUGAAGAGCUAUAUCUUAAAGCACUAGAGAAGGUCACCGCCGAGAGCCAGACACGUAUCAAGAGGUACUACAGGAGGGAGGAUGCAUGUCGGACGCUUAUAGGCGAGCUUCUCGUCCGGAUGUACUGUCAAGAGCAUGGUCUAUUCCAUCCUAUCCGGCUCACCAAGACGGCAGAAGGCAAGCCGUACAUCGCCAAUCAAGACCCUAAUAGCAAGAUUGGUUUCAAUGUAACACACGAUAACGCGCUAGUUGCGGUAGCCUUUGCCCCAGGGAUACACGGCCCACCGGCAUUCAACAUUGGUAUCGAUGUGAUGAAGACCAAAAUCCCAUCAAGAGAGCCCUUCGCUUCUUUUGUCGAAGCGUUCGAAGAACAGGCGAGUGAUGGAAUACUCCUUCCACACAUUUUCGGGAUAUCAAUCAAGCUAACACGAAAUCCUGCAACUCAGCUUACAAGUCUCGAGGUGGGGCUGUUGAAAGAGAACGUUUCUCUCCAAGAGAAGAUAAAUCGCUUCUUCUGGAUGUGGACAUUGAAAGAAGCCUACACCAAGGCACUGGGGCUAGGUCUAGGCUUUGAUUUCUCUCGAGUCGAAUUCGAUGUGGUCCAGAAAGAGGUGAAGAUCGACGGCCAAGCCCCUAAGGGGUGGCGCUUCACAAUGUUUACUAUACCGGACGACGAAGACGUGUACGAAGGUGUGGUGGCUGAAUUUGUGGGAGGUAAUCAAGCCCAAGUCCUCGACCGGAGGCACCACCAUGCCGACCAAACCGAGCUCUCGGACUGGUCAAUUGUUGUGAGCGGGGCGGGGCCGACCAUGCAAAAAGCCGUUGACAUAUUACCUUCCUUUGAGAGUUAG